AGGCUGGAGGUUGUGGUAGAGUCAGCGCGGCAUCUGCCGAAGAUGGACACGAUGGGGACUUGCGACGCGUACUGCGUGAUCAACUACAGCGGGGAGGAGCGGAAGUCGUCGGUGAAGAAGAACACGUACUCGCCAGACUGGGGAGAGCGACUAGACUUCGAGGUAGAGGGAGGAGGGGAGGUCAAGGAGAUGACGGUAGACGUAUGGGACUACGACAUGGUCGGGUCGAACGACAAGGUAGGGAGCGUGAGGAUCAGUGCGGCAGAGCUA